AUGGAUACAAUGGUAAUUGAUAAAGAGAUAGGGUUGUUUGUGAUGAAAACGCAGUUAUUUGAAGAAUGGAGGGCAGAUGGCUGUGGUCAUAACAGUCGAUUAAAACGGCCUAGAGGAACAUUUUGUCCACCGCGUAAAUCGUUGUCAGAGACGGAUUUAACAAAUGCGCAACUUCAACGUAUGUAUCCGGAGUUAUCGGAGAAUUUUCGGUAA